AUGUCGUCCAAUUUUCAGGUGUAUUUAAUUGGUAGUUUUGCAGCAAUUGGUGGUCUGCUAUUUGGAUACGAUAUUGGUGUUGUUAGUGGUAUUUUGGUAAUGAAAGAUUUUCUAUAUUAUUUUGGUGGAAAGGAAGCUAUUAAAAGACAGCAAUUACCGAGUCAUAUUGAUGGUGCCAUUGUUGGUAUACUUGUUGCCGGUUGUUUUUUUGGAGCACUUGGAGCUGGGCCAGCAGGAGGUUAG